GCCGCCCAGCCGGGCUGGCGGCAGCGGCGGCGGGGGGGAGAGGAAGAUGGCGGCGCCGCUGCUGUCCCUCUGCGAGGGGGAGGGCGCCCGGGCGCGGCGGCGGGAGCAGCUGCGGGCCUGGGCCGAGGCCGAGGCGGCGGCGGCGGCUCCUUGUUCGCCGGGGCCGGCCGCGCCUCCCGCCGGCUCCUCUGCGCGGCCUUCCCCGGCGGCCGCCCUGGGCUCCGGCCGCCGCCCCUCGCGCGCCGUCCGCUUCGACGCGGCCGCCGAGUUCCUGGCCUGCUGCGCCGGGGCCGAGCUGGAGGCGGCGCGGGAGAUGCUGAGCGCAGACCCGGCGGCCGCCAACGGGACCAACGCGGACGGCAUCAGCGCCCUCCACCAGGCCUGCAUUGAUGAGAACAUGGAGGUGGUUGAAUUUCUGGUGGAAAAUGGAGCCGAUGUGAACCAGGCCGACAACGAGGGCUGGACUCCGCUGCACGUCGCUGCUUCCUGUGGCUACAUCGAAAUUGCACAAUACCUCUUGGACCACGGUGCCAAUAUCGCCGCAGUGAACAGCGACGGGGACGUGCCAUUGGACAUUGCCGAGGCUGACAACAUGGAGGCCUUACUGCGUUCGGAGAUUGCAAAGAGAGGGGUGGACGUCGAAGUCGCCAAACGGGAGGAGGAGGAGGUGAUGCUUCGUGACGCGCGCCAGUGGCUGAACGCCGGUAAAAUAGCUGACGAGCCACACCCCAAAACGGGGGCCACUGCCCUGCACGUGGCAGCCGCCAAGGGCUACGUCGAGGUUAUGAGACUGCUCCUGCAGGCUGGCUACGACCCCAACGUGCAGGACAAGGACGGCUGGACCCCUCUGCACGCCGCAGGCCACUGGGGGGUGGAGGAAGCCUGCCGACUUUUGGCAGAACACUUCUGUGAUAUGGAGGCCCUCAACAAUGUGGGCCAGCGUCCCUGUGAUCUCGCAGACGAGGAUACUUUGGCCCUGCUCGAGGAGCUGCAGCGUAAGCAGAACGACCUACGGAGCAAGAAGGAAGCGCACCUGAGGCAGGCCGUGAUCGAUACCUGCUUGGAGCAGCCCCCUUCGUAUACAAGCAAGCACCGAAGGAGUUCCGUAUGUCGCAUGAGCAGCAAGGAGAAGAUCUCUGUCCAGGACCAAUCGAAGGAGCGCAAGACUUUGGGCACCAUCACCGUCGGGGAGGAGGAGACCAGCUCGGCCUCGGAUGGAGAGGAGGCUCCAAAUUCCAACGAGGCAAAGACCAGCCCCCCGACGGACAGCGGUGCCGUGAAUGGAGUCUCUCUGCCCCCUGUCAGCCCCGUCCCUCCCAGUCCCACAACGCAGAAGUUUUCCGGAGGCUGCAGCCGCACGAUGGAACCUGAGGACACACGAGCCCCCGCAGUCUGGAGGCAGAGCCUGCGCAAGACCAGCAGCUAUGGGGUGCUGCAGGACGCUCAGCUGGAGGAAGGGGCCGCCAAGGAGGGCAGCGGAAUCAAGCGGUCAGCAUCCAGUCCUCGGCUGGACACAGAAGAAAAGCAAGACAUCCGGGAGCUCUUACAGAAGUGGAACAAGAAUCCCAUUGGCCCAGGGUUAGCCAAUAGGAGCGCAGCUUCUGAGCCAGCCGGUGACCCGAGCAAAGAACCACGUCUGGCUCGGGUGACGCCAACCCCCACUCGGAGGAUAUUUGCCCUGCCGGACACGGAGCCCCACCGGGACCCCCGGCGAGCAAACUUAGAAGGUGGCCUUCAGAUGAAGAUAGAUACCGCCCUUGCCCCACACCUGCCCCCCUCUUCCACUGCCAUCGGCUCUAGCAUGGAUCCCCGGGACCGCCGAAGGUCCUACCAGACGCCCGUGCGGGAUGAAGAGUCGGAAUCCCAGAGGAAGGCCCGCUCCAGGCUCAUGAGGCAGUCCAGGCGGUCUACGCAGGGCGUUACUCUCACUGAUCUAAAGGAGGCUGAGAAGACCAUGGGCCGGGCCGGGGACUCCAAAGCCGCCUCGGAACAGAGAGGCAGAGAGGAGGAGAAGCUUGAAAAAGAUGGAGAGCAGCAACCCCAAGAGGCUAUGGUAGAGGAUGCUGCUAGGAGAUUUCAGCACCCCAGUUCAGACAGCUCUUCGGUUUAUACUGUGAAUCCGUUGGUGGUGAAUUUGCAGCCCAGAAAAGGCCCAGAACCCGAUGAGGCGAGCUUGGAGGCGGAUUCGGAUCUCCGGAAUCGGUUGGCUAUCCGGGACCGCAGGAAAGGCCGACGGGAGAGACGCAUAAGCGGUCUUGGGGGCAACUCCGAGGGUGAGGAUGAAGAAGACGUUGAGCAAGUCAACAAUGAAGAUCCAUCAGGACACGGGAGUGAACACAUGAACAGCGUCCUGCCCAACCGGACGGCUCCCUGCCAGAGACGAAACAGCGCGUCGGGCUGCAAAGAGGAGCCCGAUAACUAUUACAAAAAACUGUAUGAAGAUCUUACGAUCGAGAAUGAAAAACUGAAGGAACAGCUGCAAGAAGCUCAGCUGCAGUUGACCCAAGUCAAGCUGGAGCUGGAAAGAGCAACCCAGAGGCAGGAGCGUUUUGCUGAGCGGCCCGCUCUCCUGGAGCUGGAGAGAUUUGAACGCCGAGCUUUGGAGAGGAAAGCGGCAGAGCUGGAGGAAGAGUUGAAGGCUCUUUCAGAUUUGAAGGCGGACAACCAGCGUCUCAAAGACGAGAACGCCGCUCUCAUCCGCGUCAUCAGCAAGCUGUCUAAGUGACCGUCGCUGUAGCCCCCAGAUUCCGCCACGAAGCCGGGGCCUUACUCCCCAGCCCCACCCUUCUGUCAACCAGAUCUUCAGCAGGGACAGGAAAGAGACGCGAGGAUA